AUGCUGCCGAUGCUCCGCCGCCAUCGAGCUCUGCCGUCAUCCGCUCUGUCCAAUCCCUGCGUUACUUACCGCGACCAGCUCCGCCAACAUCACGACAUCUCGCACUCCCCCACCGGUGGGGCAACAUCUGACGUCCCACCAUCUGCUACUAUCACCACCAGCAUCCCCACCUCCAGCGAUGUGAACUCGAUCCCAACCUGUCGUCAUUGCGAUCGCACAUUGACCUCACACAUUGGCCUGGUCGGUCGCUUGCGAGUCCAUAGCACAGAGACUGGCGAACUGGUGCCUGGAGCACCAACAUACACCAGACACAUUGACUCAACUGACCGCAUGGCCCGCGAGCAUUCGGCCACCGCAUGA